AUGGGAAAUCCAUCUCCUGAGAUUCUAGGUCUCAUCACUUGCAUGGUCUUUGUUGGUGGCUUUGUCGGCGCACUAUUUGCAGCGGCACCAGCCGACCGCUACGGACGGCGGUUUGCGAUCCAAAUUGGGUCAUUUUUGGGCCUUACUGGUUCAGUUAUGCAAGCGGCAGCUCCCAGCCGGGGCAUUCUCAUCGGGGGACGUGUCAUCAUUGGUGUUGGCCUGUCCUUCACCACGACGGCUGGACCCAGCUUGCUGAUCGAGCUGGCCCAUCCUCGACUACGGGGAAAGGUGUCUUCGAUGGCAACAUUUCCGUUGAUCCUCAUGAUCGCUACUAUCUUCAUCCCCGAGUCGCCUCGAUGGCUUUGCUAUAAGGGACGUCAAGCGGAAGCAAGAGCUUUCCUUUCCAAAUACCAUGCCAACGGCGAUUCAAACGACCCCAUAAUCGAGCUGGAAAUGCACGAAAUCAUGACGGCUUUGGCCCUGGAGGAGAAGGGCAAGAUGAGCUCCUGGUCGAUCAUCCUCAAGUCCAAGACUAAUCGAAGACGCCUUGGUAUCAUUCUCUCAGUGGCUGUGCUCACACUCUGGAACGGACAGGGUGUCAUAUCAUACUAUUUCUCUCCAAUCCUGGACUCUGUCGGCAUCACAGACACAACCCAACAGACAGGCAUCAACGGCGGUAUGGCAAUAUGGAACCUCAUCUGCGCAGCCUCCGGCGCUUUCUUAGCAGACAGGGUCGGUCGGCGGAAGCUAUGGCUCGCUUCAUUCAUAGGAAUGAUCCUGGCCAAUGUCCCUGUUACUAUCACCAGCGCCAUGUACGCGAAACAUGGCUCUCAGGCAUCAGCUUACGGGACAGUCAUCUUCCUAUUCUUGUACAAUGCUGCGUUUAACAUUGCAUGCAACCCGUUGCUGUAUUGCUACACACCGGAGAUCCUGCCAUACAGCAUGCGUACGAAGGGGCUGGCGUUACAAGUGCUAUCCGGCCAGGUCAUGCUGACGGUGAAUCAAUACGUCAACCCCAUCGCGUUGGAAAGAAUUGGGUACUACUACUUUAUUUUCUAUCUAGGCAUGUUGUUUCUUGGCUUGGCAAUCAUCUACUUCACGUUUCCCGAGACUAAAGGAUACUCGUUGGAAGAGUUGGGUAUGCUUUUUGACAAUGACUUUGAUGUGCGGCCCCCUGUUUUGCACGGGAAGGAUGUUGGGCAUUCUGGGCGCAUAGCUGAAGCCGACGCGAAGAAGGAAGUGAAAGUGGUUAUUGUCAGUUAA